UCAACAUUUUUCUAGAAGCUUUUGCCAGUUUUGGAUUUGAGUUUGCAAUUUGUUGAGAAGACGAAAAUGGAGGCUUCACCAGAAUGGAUGUCGAAGGCCCAUGCUCUUGGGACCUCGAUCAUGGCCGUUCAAUUUGACGGCGGCGUUGUAUUAGGUGCUGACUCUAGAACGUCAACAGGGUCGUACGUCGCCAACCGUGUGACGGACAAGAUCGCCGAAGUCUCCAGCCAUAUCUUUUGCUGUAGAUCGGGAUCUGCGGCAGACACGCAGGCCAUUACUGGCGUCGUGAAAUACGAGCUGGAAAUGCUGGAGCUGGAGCUAGAGGACAAGUCAAAAGUAUCGCAGGCCGCUCACAUGUUCCGUAAAUACUGCUUUGAGUACCGUGAGUCUCUCAGUGCCGGUAUUAUCAUUGGCGGCUGGGAUAAGGCCAAUGGCGGACAGGUGUAUUGCAUCCCGCUUGGAGGAAUGUUGGUCAAGCAGCCAUUUGCCAUUGGCGGUUCCGGUAGUACGUACAUCUACGGCUACUGUGACUCGGCGUACAAGGACGGCAUGACACGGGACGAGUGCGAGCAGUUUGUUGUCAACGCCCUGUCCCUAGCCAUGAGCCGCGACGGCUCAUCGGGCGGUGUGAUCCGCCUAGUGACGAUCGACGAGAGCGGAGUGGCACGGCGAACGCUAACCGGCAAGGAAAUCCCGACGUUUUACGAAGGCUAGAAGACCAACGACACCGGUGCGUGCUGCUGCCACCGACUGACCAUUUCUCUCGUUGCAUUCUUGUGUUUGCUGUUCUUCGCCUCCGACUCAGCUUGGCAGCUGUGGCUGGAUCUUAGCUGUCCUCUUUUCUUUUUUUUGAGACGCGCCUUUUUGGAACCCACAUGACAAUGUACAGUGCUUUCCCGUCCGUGCUUUUAUCCCGUCACAUGACCGCACACCAAUCUCAUAGCUUGCAUUCUACCUCCGCGGAGCCGCAUAUCAUAGUUUUAUAAUUCAAAAAUCGGCUCACCCCGUUCUUGGCACGCGCAGCAUCGCUUCUCAUGCAGUGUAUUGAGCUGCGCUUGUCGAUUCGCUUAUGUUGUACAGCAAACGAUUGACCCAUAUCAUGAUGUAUGUUUUCUGAAAUGUUCUCUCCGAAAAAUA